GAGGCGACGAAGACAACACAGAAGAAGAUGAAGGGGAAGAACGGCAGUGCUGCUGGUGCUGAUGAUGUGAGUGAUGGCAGCAGGCAAGAGGGAGGAGGAGGAGGGUUUGGUGUGGAUGGAGCAGGACUCGGCGUGAUUAGUUUCUACGUAUCUCGGCACCCAACGGAUGCGUGUGGGUCAAACGGGCUUCCCUUGACGCCAAACACCGUCCGUGUCUGCGGCAGGGCUCAGUCGGUCCUCAGGCUGUCCCAUCCAAACGUCGCCGAGUACGUGGCUGCGGAAGUUGGCGCUGGCGAACGGUUGUUCCUCGUCUCGGAGCACUACAAACGCCAUGUUGGCCAUAUGAUCCGCGAAGGCAGCGCCAAAAGCUUUGACCAGGUCAAGGACAUCCUACAUGGCACGCUAAAGGGGCUGGCGUAUCUGCAUGCCUGCGGCAUCGUGUCGCGCAACAUCAAACCCGAGAGCAUCUGCCUCACCUCCGCGCUCCAGCCCAAAGUUGCCCAGUACGCCCUCUUCCACAUCACAGACUGCGGCGCAGCCGUCGACUUUCCCAUCGGCUCGCCAGCGUACUUUGCACCAAGCGUGGUUGCCCGCGGUCCCCAGCAACGGCACGUGGCAAACCCGAAGGACGACGUCUGGGCAGUCGGCAUCAUUGCGCUCGAGCUCCUCACCGGCCAGCGGGUGUGGAGCGACUGCCACGUUGUGCAUCGCAGCCGCGCAGCCACUGGCGCCCACACCACCACCAUGUCGGCUGAUGCCCGUGGCAACCGUGCUGGCGACAGCGGCGGUGGUAAGGAGGAGAGGCGUGGUAGUGUUCGUGGUGGUGCAAUGGCUGUGUCACGCGUCCGUGUGGACGUCAGCGCCGUCUGCAAGCGGCUGUACAAGCUGGCAACUAGGCCCGCCACCUGCGGAUACAAGGGUCCCACUGCCAGCCGCUCUGAUGCAAUUUCAUAUCUCCGGACAUUUGUUCCGCACACUUCUGCCGCCACUUUCGAAUCCAUUCCCGAUGAUGUCAUUGCGUUUGUGCACGCAUGUCUUGCCCCAACUGCCAAGCUCAGGCCAACAGCAGGCGAGCUUGCGCGGCUGCCUGUGUUCCACAGCGCGGGUGCCGUGUGGACACCGCAGCCAACGCCGGCCCUCCGCUCCUCCCGUCCCCCCGCCACCAUAGUCGCACUUCGCCAGCUCGCACAGCCGCACCGCUCAACCCACCUGGAGGGACCCGCGCAGCGAAUUGUCGACGAAUUUGCACAGCGCGAACACAACCCGCUCCGUGGCAUGCCAUUGAAGGACGUGUACUACCUGUGGACGCUGACGGGCGUGAGUCUUGAGCGGCUGCUGAGCACACACGGUGGCGAGCAGGUCCACCCCUCCAUCCACCGCCUCCCACGGCUUGUGCGGCUUGGCCUGCCUGAAAUUGGGGCAAAGAAGGACCCUUCGUUUGACUUUGAUGACACUCCAAGAACCAUCGAUCUCUCAAAGAUUUCGGCGCGGUUGCUGGAGGAGGGCGUAGAUCCGUUUCCGCUCAUCCUCACCGCGAACGAAGGCAUUGCGCAAUCGGCCGCGUUUAGGAGUGAGAUGACAAAGCAGCCGCUGGCGGUGCGGGAGCGAAACCUCCUGUAUCAGUAUGAGCGGCUUGUGAAGAUGAGUCGGCUGCUCAGCGGCCACCCGUACACACACACGGCGCUGUCGGAGGAGGCCGCUGUCGACAUCCCACCCCACGCACGUGCGCGGGUGUGGGCAGCGCUGCUGCGUGUUGGCCCACAGCGCAUUGAGGAGUAUGAACAGAUUGACAAGGAAUCGACGACAGACACAGACCACCAGCUGGAUGUCGACAUUCCAAGAUGCCACCAAUAUGACCUCCUCCUCUCUUCGCCGGCAGGCCACGCUGCCCUGAAACGCGUGUUGAAGGCGUGGAUUAACACACACCCGCACCUCGUCUAUUGGCAAGGGCUGGAUUCACUCUCUGCUCCGUUUGUGCGACUCAACCUCACGAACGAAGCUGUUGCGUACGGCUGCCUGGCCCAAUUUGUGGAGCUGUACAUGCCAGGUCUCUUUGAGAAGAACAACACAACGGUACUGAAUGAGGUGAUGGCUGUCUUCUGGCAGCUGCUUGCAUACCACGACCCAGACCUGUGGACGCAUCUCGAGGACAUGUGUUUCAAACCGGACCUCUUUGCCAUCCCAUGGUUUCUCACGUGCUACGCGCACGUGUUUUCGCUCGACAAAAUCUUUAUUCUUUGGGACACACUACUCCUCUCGCCAUCAGCCAUGAUUCUCUGUAUUGGUGUUGCAAUUAUGAAGCAGCUGCGCGCACAACUGUUAUCCUUCGAUUUUAGCGAGUGCAUUCUUCACUUUGGCGACUCCCCUGAUGUGGACAUUGACACGACGAUACAGACGGCCAAAGACAUCCUUGACGCCACACCCUCCAGCCUGCUCGCUCGAUCCGCUGUGCACCCGGACCACCGCACAUGGGAUGAAAAGCAUGUAGUGCCGCCCCUUGAUGAGUUGCGCAACAACAGUUCCCCAACCCUCUCCGUCCACGAACUUGAAGAGUUUCUACCAGACCCGCGCGGACAGCCAAUUCCGCCAGAGAGCGCACGCGUCGUUGUCAUUGACACGUGUCCACAAAAGUCGUUCUCCUAUGGCCAUUGCAACGGGCUCUGCAUCAACUUUCCAGUCCAACUCGCCCUUGAGGAUGAGUGCCUGCAUGCAGCGUUUGAGGACGAGCUGUGGGAGCGCACAAACGGGCGUCCAAUCGUCAUUGUGGGCUCUCCACGGAACCAGGAUGCGCCAAGGCUUGCACGUGCGUUGGUGAAGUGCGGGUUUCCGCGCGUGUGUCUUCUUGCUGGCGGUCUUGAUUCGCUGCGCCGUCGCGGGCUCCUUGAAAACAAAGACCCAGACCCCGUCCUCGCCGCUGUGCUCCAGCGCAUUGAGCGGGAUGCAGCGGCAGCGGCAGCCAGACGCAAACACACGCGAGCACCACCACCUGCAUAGUGUCUGUCUGUCUGUCUGUCUGUCUGUC